GUGGAUGGCGGACUUUGUCGUCGGGGAGAGCGAGAGAUCGUGAGACGCGAGUGUCCGGGUCCGGUCCGGGUUGCGUUCCGUCGUCGGAAUCGUCGAGGAAUCCCUUGUGAAAGUGACGCUCGCGCGACGACGACGACGAGGAGGAUGCGUCCGUACGUUGAUUAAUCGCGCGAGUGACGCGGCGAGCUGUCAAACUCCAGGGGGAUAACAGAGAGGGGAAAUGGAAGGAGAGAUAAUUCAUGGAGAUCUCGCGUAAGAGGAAGAGUCCCGGACGCGCCUAAAGAAGCGCCAUCGGAGCCGGAUUACACGUUAGCUAAACAAAGUCCUGGUUACGGAUCCUCUCGCGCCAUAUCUCGCCAAGAGGAUAUACCUUUCUAAUGUUUAGCAUCGAGAGGGAGCGCUGUUCGUUCGGUGUGUUGUCUAAAUCCGCCAUUGGGCGCCAUAUAUGCCCCACUCCACCGUGCUCUACUCCGAUUCGCCGAGUCGUUAUACCUUUUCGCUCGCGAAGAGUGCAAGGGUGAGUGCCCGCGCGCGACGAGGAACACGAUAGGAGUCGCCGGAGUCGCCGCCGCUGUCGCGACAACGUUGUCGAGAGCGCGAGGGACGGAGGGAGAGAGAGGAGGCAGAAGGGAAAGGGCGCACGCGCGAAAGCGAGCCAGAGUGGGAGGCAGAUAGGUAGAUAAGCGAGAGAGGGAGAGCGAGGCGUGCGAAAGAUCCGUGGAUACGGCGGGGUGUCUGGCACCCGUGCGUGAAUCACGCCUCGGAAACGCUCCCUCUCUCCCUCUCUCUCUCUCUCUUUUUUUCAUUCUUCCCUUCUGCUCGCCGUCGUCCUCGACGGCGUCCCCCGUGCUCGUCCCGACAUUGACCCGUGCCGCUGCCGGACGCCAUCGCCGACGACAGUCAGCAGCGGCCACUCGGAUCGACGGAGUCAAGUGGCGUCUCUCCCUCUCUCUCUUUCUCGCGCCGAGAUCGAGGGACAUCCACGAGGAAGCUUCCAGGUUCUCGGUCUUGGCUGAUAUCGCCAGCCGGUCGUUAUGAUUAGUCUCGUUCCGCGAUAAGGAAUAUCGUUUGCGACACGGUGAGAGAGAGGACACCUACACCUGUAAAUCCAUCUACCGGGUGUGCCUUUCGAGAAUCGGGGGUAUUGCCGAGGCUGGGAAGUCGGUAGCAACAUCGUCGUCGUCGUCGUCGAGGAGGCUGGAGGGAUUUCUUCGUCGAGGAAAUUCUCGUGCCGUUGAAAGUGAAAGCUGCGAGAUUGACGAGGUGCGAGAGGUGUAUCUCUAUUCAUUAUAUAUAUAGACGCGCGCGUUGACAGAACGCGGGUUCAAUUAAAGACGUAGAGACGCAGCAACGGAGGAUAGACUGGCAACAAAGGAACAGAAGCGGAUACAACAUGUCAGAUGAGGAAGACAAACCCCCGGCACCCCCUGUUCGAUUGACAUCAAACAGGGGGGAAUCAGCGCCUAAUUUACCAGUGGACAUGCGUCCGCUGCCUAAGGAGCCGGAUUCUGAUGAACGUAAGAAGAAGACGUUAAAGGGCAAGAUAAAGGUGAAGGAGAACAAGGACAAGCCGAAUAUUAGUUACCCUACGAACUUCGAGCACACUGUGCACGUCGGAUUUGAUGCUGUCACCGGUGAAUUCACGCUGCCACUAAAAGGUAUGCCAGAAGCAUGGGCAAGAUUGCUUAUGUCUAGCAACAUUAGUAAGCAGGAACAAAAGAAGAACCCACAGGCUGUGUUGGAUGUAUUAAAUUGGUAUGAUAGUAGCAGUAAGGAGGCAAAGGGCUCCAAGUAUAUGACUACAACUAAAAUGGUGGGAGUUGUUGCUCCGAUCGAAAGGGCGAGUAGUCCUCGAAGUAUGGGAAUCGGUAUCGGUACAGGUGUGGGAAGUAUUCGCGGCCAAGCAAUGUCCCAGGCAUCUGGAAGCUCUCACUCCCAACAUUCGUUGAGCAGGGUGAGCAGUAGUAGUCCGAGUAGUACGCCAACGGACGCAUGUGCGACCAGCUCGGAACAAGAAGAUGAGCCGCCUCCUCCGCCGAUCUCCGCCCGACCGGAACGUACGAAGUCGAUCUACACAAAACCUAUAGAAGAGGAACCACCACCACCCCUGACGACCACGCUGGGCUCGCCGCAACGAAACGGCGUGCAACAGCAGCAACAUCAGUCUCAGUUAGAUAGAAAUAAGAAUCAAGCGACACCGACGUCAACAACGACCGAUCAGACGCGACCGGCACAAGGUGAUAAAGCUAGAAAGAAGAAAAUGUCAGACGACGAAAUAUUAGAAAAGCUUAGAACAAUUGUAAGCGUAGGAGACCCUAAUAGAAAAUACACAAAAAUGGAAAAGAUCGGACAAGGUGCUUCGGGAACGGUGUAUACGGCGAUAGAAACAUCCACUGGCAUGGAAGUUGCAAUAAAACAAAUGAAUCUGUCGCAACAGCCAAAGAAAGAGCUUAUAAUAAACGAAAUUCUGGUAAUGCGGGAGAACAAGCAUCCGAACGUUGUAAAUUACUUGGAUAGUUAUUUAGUCGGGGAAGAACUGUGGGUAGUCAUGGAAUAUUUGCCAGGUGGCAGCUUGACGGAUGUUGUGACCGAGACUUGUAUGGACGAAGGUCAAAUUGCUGCAGUGUGCAGAGAAGUAUUGCAGGCACUCGAGUUCCUUCAUUGCAAUCAGGUUAUACAUAGGGACAUCAAGUCCGACAAUAUCCUCCUGGGACUGGACGGAGGGGUGAAGUUAACGGAUUUUGGCUUUUGCGCGCAAAUCUCGCCGGAGCAGAGCAAACGGACGACGAUGGUCGGUACACCGUAUUGGAUGGCACCAGAAGUAGUGACACGAAAACAGUAUGGACCUAAGGUUGAUAUAUGGUCAUUGGGAAUAAUGGCGAUCGAGAUGAUUGAAGGUGAACCACCGUAUCUGAAUGAAAACCCGUUGAGAGCCUUGUACUUGAUUGCGACGAAUGGCAAGCCGGAAAUCAAGGAAAAAGACAAACUGUCGGGUAUAUUUCAAGAUUUUCUAGAUCAGUGUUUAGAAGUUGAGGUGGAAAAACGGUCCGCGGCUUCCGAACUGUUAAAGCAUCCUUUUCUGAAAUUAGCCAGGCCACUAGCUUCGUUAACACCUUUAAUAAUGGCAGCGAAAGAAGCUGCCAAAGGUCAUUAAAAGAGGCAGUGGUACGAUUAGUAGUCGUAAAAGACAUGAGUGCGGUUAUGCGAACGCGAUGCGAAAAAAGAAAGAAAGAAAUAAUGAAUCACCCUCCCAAAACGGAAACGGCACAAUAAUUCAAUAAUAUAUAAUAAAUAAUAAAUAUAAACGUAUAUAUAUAUAUAUAAAUGAAUAAAUAUACAUAUAUAUAUAUACAUGUAUGUAUGCAUACCUAUGUGUAUAUCGUAUGUGAGUAUUAUUUUAUUUGCGGCGUCAUAUACAUGUAUACACAUACGCGUGCAUAUAUUCAUUACGUAUGCAUAUAGAUUGAUAGAUAGAUAGAUAUUCGAUACCGUAAUGGAGUAUCGAGAGAGCGGUUGCACAGUUAAAAAAAUGCUCGAUUCUCGCAUGUUGCGAGCGCAAACAACAAAGUUAAAUCAGAAAGAGCUAUGAGCGAUCUAAUGACAGAGAUCUUGUUUUCCUCGAUAAAAAAUCUAAUUACAAUUGGGGCGUGUAAAACUGGACUCGCAAAAGUCUUAGAUUAGUCUUGAAAGGAAAUAAGAAAAUGAAAUAUGUUUUACGAUAUGUACGCUGUUGCCUGAGCUUUUGCCGCAAUUUUGAUAGAUUGUCAUCGAGGAAAUACAAGCGAUUGUCAGUUAUUUUCUAAAAAUAUAAAACUAGUAUUAUACUGACUCUCUAAAAAGAAAAAAAGAAAGAAGAAAAAAAUUCAAAUCGGAAAGAGAGUUAGCAAGAAACGCAUAUUAUUUAUAGCGCGAGAAUCUUAAUAGAUAAUACCACAAACAAAUGUGUGAACAAGUGCAUAGGACCUAUUCUAAUAUAUAUUAUUGUUUAAUGAGAGAUCGUAGACAGAAAGAAAAUUGGUCUUCGUGUCGGACUUGUAUUUUUCGACAGAGAUUACGCGGUGAAACAGAGCAAUAUGUUUUUGGUGUGUUUUAAUCCGAUUAGCGCGACGAAUAGAUGUGUAAGCGGUAGAGUACAAUUUGUUUUCAACGUUCUCAAGACUCACGUCAAUUGAUCAUUGAUUAUAUUUGAUUCGUUGUUGAUUCAGUUUCUCUAUUGAAAAGAGAAAUUAAUUUAGCAAUUAUUUUUCUCUUAUAAAAAAAUAUCGCAAUUUAUAUUGGCGUUUACAAUAUAGAAAAAUUGGUUUGCUCUGAGCCGAUUGCGUAAGAAUUGCAUAUCUCGUUUGAGGCCGCUAACUUAGAGCUUUAUGAACGAAGAGAUGAGUAUUUUUUCUCAUUUGCGCCAUUAAAAAAGAAAAAAGAGAAGAAGAGACACGUUAAGACGCGAAACUUACCAAGGUUUACUACUUAGUCGAUAAGAACAUCUUUCCGAGGGCAAACUGUUUGUCCGUAUCACGUGUGUUCUUCGCUAUAAGUCCAACAUAAUUGUCUUUAACGUGUCUUGCAGAAUAAAAAGGAAAGAAAAGAUGAUAUGAGAGACGAGCGGACAAUUGAUAUGAAACUGUAAAACAAGGUUCAGACGUAGAAGCAUUUUGUGACACUAUAAAGUGCCUGUCUUGUCGUUUAGAGACGUGAAGAAAAAAAAAAAGAAAACUCGCGUUAGAUUUCUUAUGAACCACCGUAUUACGAUACGUAAUAUUUCGUUUUAGCAUCAUGAGAGAGAAGAGAAACAAAUAAUCGAAUAUACACACAUACACGUAUAAUGGAGUUGAGUUGUAUUGUACGUUUUUUUGUGUAGAACGAGUUGUGGUUACGUAUGUAUGGUUGUAUUUGCAUCGAACAUUAUCGAGAUAUGUCUUUCCUAAUGUUGUAUUAUAUAUCAUCCGAGCGUCAUCGCGUCAUCGAAAGAAACGAAUAUCUUAGAAGUACAUUUAAUUAUCUUAGGUAAUUAGAUUUUCGUAUCGUUCUUUUUUUUUAUCUUCUUCAUUUUACAUACGUCGCCCGUUAUUCGACUGAAAUAUCUGUCGCGUGAAAGCCCAAAAAGUAAAAAAAGGCGACAGCUCGACAGAUGAGAUCAAUGAUAGAAAGCAUAGAUAGAAUACAAGCAAAAUUUGCAGAUUCUGAUGCGCAUACAUUUUUUAUUGUAACGUUAAUACAAUCAUAAGAAGACUUCGAAUGCGAGAAUGUCGAAAUUGCGAGAAAUUAUUUGUAAAACUUUUGAUUCUAUGAUAAGAGAAAAAAAAGAAAUGUCGAGAGAAGAAGGAAACAAUUUUUUCUAAAUGAAUGUUCGUGUUCUAUUCCGGAUAACGCGAGCUCGACGUUUGUUUUUUCUUUCUUUCGAGUUUGAAAAAUACGCGAGUAGCUUAUGCUUGCCCAAUUUCCGGUUUUCGCGCGGUGGAUAGAUGACUCGGUCGACGAGGUUUUUCGUUAUACAUGUAUAUGUAUAGGACUCGUAUAUAAAUUAAUAUUAACUGAAAUCAUGUGAAAAUAUAAUUACGAUAGUUAUAAAUCGAGAAAUUAACGAUAUACUUAUAUUGCAUACGAGAAAUGAGAUGAAAAAGAGGGAAAAGCCCGUACAUUAUUUAAUAAUCGUACGUACAGCGUAUCCAUUUUUCGACGAGUUUAUUUUGUUUUUCCUUUUUUUUUUAUAGUAUCAUCUUUUGAAGAAAAGCCUGAUUAGAGAUUUUUAUAAAGUUUGACUGUACUUGAUCGAGAAAGAGCGGAAGCAGCUCAGUUUGCAUCGACAUUCACUAUCGAAUUUAGGGUCGGAAUGCCGAAAGAAACUUGAUGCCAUUUAUUUUUAGAAAAACUUCAAGUACCAUAUGAAAUAGAAUAAUAAUUAAAUAUGCACCCCCUUUUUUCAGUAUUCCGCGACACGUUUCGCGUUAAUCUCCUCUUCGGCGUCCGUCUUUAAAAUCGAUCGGAUUGUUGACAAGAGACAAAAUAACGUGCGCACGUUUUAGUAUUAACGAAAGAAAAAAAGUAUGAGUGUGUGAAAAAAAUAUAUAAAAAUAAAGAAUGGUGCGAUCCCCAGGGUUAAAGUUGACGAUCAGAAGCACUAAGAAGAGCGAGGUCCUGCAUUUUCACAAAUAUCUCGGCGCGACUGUCUUCUCUAUUUACAUUCUUUUCUUUGUUUCGCGGCAGUUAUAUUUUAACAAAUAUAUACCACAGCUAUAUAUCAGCAGCUAUUAUAAUUAACGUUUAUAAUUUUACUUACGCGAAUCGGGUCGCGCGAGAUGCAAAAUUGCCUGCAUGAAAUAUCACCCGAUCGAUGCACACCCUGAUUGAAGCGCAUCUUAGCAUGUAGAUAGACGUUCGCUGAUAAUGGUACCGGAUGAUCCUUUUAUCGCGUAAAUAAAGUACAAAAAUUGUACCAAGCAUGCCUUAUCGUAAUAAUAAUAAGUGAUGCAUCACGAAAGUAUUCAUUAUUUUUGACAUUGACAAACGAAUCGCAAACGUAUGAGAGCUCUGAGGAAAAAAUAUGAGCAGGCGAAUCUUUUAACGUAAAAAGAAAAUGCGGGCAUCUUUGCAUCCGAUUAUGCAUCCAUAUUUUGACGAUCCUUCCAAUUGCAUUUAAUUAUUUGCUAUGUGGACUACGUAUCUCGUCUCUAUUUUUUAGGUUCUUAAAAAUAGGUUCCUAAUAUGCGAAUCAUGUUAAGUGUGUGUAUGCAUGUUUUAUUGUAGCAUUUUACGAUGUUUUUGAAAAUGCUUUGUGAUCUCCGAAUGAAAGAAAGAAGUAGUAGGCCUAUAGUAACAAAGUCGCUAUUUUACUGCUGAGAUUGAAAGAAAAAAAAGAAGCUUCGAUCCUUCCAGACGGAGGAAGGUUCGUUCGACUUUAACUUUUGUAAGAAAGAAACGCAUUUAUCGGGAAACAUUCGGCAGAAAUUUGGUCUCUCAGGAAGAACACUUGAAAUUUUUGUGACGAUAAAAAUUUCAAAGUAAAGGAGUGCAAAAAAAAAAACAGAAAAGGAGUAAUGAAUUGUAAAAAUAAUGCCUAGAAUUUUGCGCAUAUAUUGUACUAUAACACCUUUCAGUUUGUUUUGAAACGUUACAAUAUAAGGAAACAUUUUAUAACAAA